AUGUCUCCAUCUAACGUGCUCGCAGCAAAACCCAGACAAGAAUCGACAGUAGCAAGAUUAUUGGGAUCAGGUUCUGCCGGGAUUGCUGAACUCGCAGUCUUUCAUCCUGUUGACACCAUAGCGAAACGCUUAAUGAGUAACCAAAGCAGAAUCAGUUCGGUAUCACAACUUAAUGGUGUUAUAUUUGUUGAUAAAUCAUCCGUAUCAGCCGGUCAGAAGUUCUUCUCCCUUUUUCCUGGACUUGGUUAUGCUGCGGGCUACAAGAUUCUCCAAAGAAUAUAUAAGUAUGGAGGUCAGCCAUUCGUACGUGACUACUUGAACAAGAAUCACGGUUCCACCUUUGAGGCUACUUUUGGACUAAAAACUGGCAAAGCAAUGAUAGCCUCAUGUGCGGGAAGCAUAAUUGGAAUUGGGGAAGUCGUUCUACUACCCCUAGACGUACUGAAAAUAAAGCGGCAGACCAACCCAGAGGCAUUUCGGGGAAGAGGCUUGGUCCGGAUUAUAACCGACGAGGGUUUCGGAUUGUACCGCGGUUGGCAAUGGACCGUUGCCCGUAACGCUCCUGGGUCCUUUGCUCUUUUUGGAGGAUCCGCAUUCUCAAAGGGAUACCUGUUUGGCCUCUCUGAUUACAACCAGGCGUCAUGGCAUCAAAACUUCGUUGCAUCUAUCGCGGGUGCCUCUGCCUCUCUACUUGUAUCUGCGCCAUUGGACGUUAUUAAAACACGCAUACAGAACCGAAACUUUGAUAAGCCCGAAGGUGGCUUUCUGAUAGUCAAAAACAUGAUGAAAAAUGAGGGCUUCACUAGUUUUUUCAAGGGAUUGGUUCCCAAGCUUCUAAUGACCGGGCCCAAGCUUGUGUUUUCUUUCUGGCUUGCUCAGACAUUAAUACCUGCCUUUGACAUAGCUUUGACAAAGAACUAA